UUCAGUUCGCUGUCAUCCAUCGCGGAACCGCAACCGCAUCGAACCGCGAUGUCCUCCGGCGGCAAGACAACUUCCUUCCUGGGUGUGGACGAGCAGGAUGGGAAAGACGUGGAAGGGAGCGGUCAACCUAGGAAGAUCCCGUUGGAACGAUCUGUGUCCGCGUACAGUGAGCAGGACGUUCAGUGUGGGUUCUGGGUAUUCAGGGGGAGGUUUUGGCAGCGACUGGCCAGCAAAAAGUUGUACGUGUUCUUGUUCGGAUUUGUUGGAUGUUUGUUCGGUUCGACGAGUGCUUACUUUUAUGGAACACUGUCCACCGUUGAGAAGAGCAUCCAGAUAUCGUCGAAGAAUGCCGGCAUUAUAACGGCCGGCUCGGAUCUUUCUUUUGUUCUCGCAUCACUGUUCCUGUCAUACUAUGCGUCCAACAAGAGGAAGCCGCUGUGGAUCGCCCUUGGCAUCCUAAGCAUGGGGCUUUCUUGCUUCGUUAACGCAUUGCCACAUUUCCUGUUUGGACCAAACGUUCAAGAUAUGAUACAACAAGACUUCGGAAACGCUACCGUAACAUCAAAGGGAAGCAACAACCUGUGCGACGAAAGCCGACUCCCGCCGGAUUGCUCCACGGACCUGGGAAACCUGAAACCACAGAUGCUUCUCUUCUUUGGAAGUUUCCUCUCCGGAGCCGGAACUUCGCUGUACUUUACGCUAGGUCUAACGUACCUGGACGACAACAUCCGGAAGGAAAAGGUCCCCUUCCUGGCGAGCCUGGCCGCGUUUGGUCGAAGGCUUGGACCGAUGCUGGGCUUUUCGAUGGCUUCCCUCUGCUUGAAGUACUUUGUGUUCCCCGGAGUUGAUCCGGGAUAUAACAGUUCGGACCCCCGUUGGAUUGGUGCCUGGUGGGUCGGAUGGAUCGUGUUGGGAGCGGUGCUGCUGUUGGUGGCCCCGAUCUUUGGUGGUUUCCCGAAAAUCCUUCCACGUGCUGCGGAACGCAAAUCGCUGUCCCGUCAGGCCAGCAUGGCCAGCGGCGGUACAGUCGUUGACGACGUGGAACCCCAAGUUUCGUUUGAAGACCUGAAGGUUACCAUAAAGCGGCUGCUGACCAACAAGGCGUACGUGUUCAACAACGCGGCCAACGUGUUCUACAUGUUCGGAUACAUGCCAUACUUUCUGUUCCAGUCAAAGUACAUCGAAAUCCAGUACCGCCUAACACCCUCGCAAGCCAACAUGGUUACCGGUUCUACAUCGUUGGUGUUCUCCGCCCUAGGAUUGCUCGUUGCUGGAGCCGUUAUCCAGCGAAUCAAGCCCAACUCGCGGCAGCUUGCCGGUUGGAACAUUGUAACCAGCAUUCUGACAUCCUGUGGCAUCGUGUUCUACGCCUAUUUAGGAUGUAACAACCUGAACAACACGGCCAUAGUCAGCAACUCUCAGGGUAUGGAGUGCAGCUUGGGAUGCAACUGUGAGUUCGUAAAGUAUGCACCGAUCUGUGGCAGUGAUGGGAACACUUAUCUGUCACCGUGUCACGCUGGUUGCAAGGAGCAGAUCAAGCAGCCUGAUGGGAAAAUGCUCUUUAGCGACUGUUCUUGUAUCCUAAGUGAACUGAAUGUUUCAUAUGCUGCGUCGCUGAUUGAUUCUUACAACGAGACUACAAGUGAACAUCCUGUUCGAACAUACGCUGGAACGGCCACGUCCGGAUCGUGCCCGGUGGACUGCAUGACACCGUUCUAUAUGUUCCUGCUGGUGCUGUGCAUCAACAAGUUCAUCGGAGGCACCGAAUCGGCGGCCAACUUUCUGAUCGGCCUGCGGUGCGUCGAGGAAAGGGACAAAGCCAUCUCGAUGGGCCUUUCGAUGGCCGUCAACACGCUGCUGUCCUUCCUGCCGGCUCCGAUCAUCUUCGGGGCCAUCAUCGAUCGAACCUGCGUGCUGUGGGGUCAAACCUGUUCCAAGAAAGGAAACUGUUGGCUGUACGAUGGCCAGGCGCUGCGAACCACCAUGAACUACACUUCGGCGGUGUUUGUCAUCAUUGGAACCUGCUUCGACGUCGGGACGUGGUGGUACUCGAAGAACUUCAAGAUCUUUGACAGCGAAGGAAAAGUGGUUCCAGAAGAGGAGGAAAAAAACGGCACGGAACUUCAGCAACAGGAAAUGACGGGAUUGAUGAAGGAAUCCAGCGAGCGUCAAUGAACUGAGUUUGCUGAGAGUGAUAACCGGCGCAUAAUUCAGGGGGUGAUAAAGAUGUGUUUUGAACUUGAACUCUGCAAUAAAGGUGCUGAACUUUAUCUGGA